AUGCGGCCCCGCCAUUCCCUUCGAGUUUGGCAGAACUCCCCUCAGGUGGAGGAAGUGCCGUUCGUGCUCGAUAUGUGCGUGUAUGUUCCCGACGUGCAGCCCUGGCAGAGCCGAUACAACGGCACGUUCGGGCUCGCCACUGCACAACCCAAUAUUGCUACUGAGACAUACGACCCCGCCACGCCCUACGUUAAUGCGCUGAGCAGCUUGCAGCGGUUGGGCAGCAACGCGCGGCUAAUCCAGCAGGCGGAGGGGCACGGGCACACCACCCUCAGCCAGCUGUCGUUUUACACCUUGGAGUUAGUGCAGGCAUACCUGCUGGACGGUGUUGUGCCGGCGGACAGCCACACCGACCAGCAGCCGUUUGUGCCGCUUGCGAAUCGGAAUGGGGGUGGUUCUGGAGACCUUGACAGUCGCUUUAUAUAUGCUCGCGCAGAGCGUGCUACUUUGACGGACAGGAAGGAGAUCUCAGGACCAUGGCGAUAUAUCUCACUACUGUCUUUCUAA